AUGCUUACGAUACUUAUCGCUGUGAUAUAUGCUGUGCUCGUGAGACCUUCUACGGUGAGCGCUGGAUUGUACGAUAAUUGGGCGCCACAUCGCUACUGUAAUGCCAUUGAUGAUAUUGAGGACACGCGCAUCCCGCCGCUCAGCCCUGGUCAGGCCGAACGCGUCCAGUCGCUGGAGCAAGUGCAGGUUAUUGCCCGUCAUGGAGCUCGGGCUCCCUACGCCAGACUGUUUUGUUGGGAAUCAAACGUACACAACCCCAUGGGUGCUGAGUGGAACUGUACUACCGCCUCUGUCUCGUCACAAGACAUUAAUCCGAAUGAGCACACAAAAGGUUUUGGUCGCUUGUACCGCAAAUCUUAUAUGAAUGGACACAACAUUCUUAGAGGAGACUGCAUAGUUGGUGGAUUGCUCCCACUUGGACGUCAGCAGCAGAAAACUAACGGACGGUUUCUACGUGAUUCAUACGUGGGUGAAAGCCAGCUUAAACUCUUUCCUACUGCCAACUUGUCGCACUUGGAGUUAAGCAAAAUUUACCUUCGCAGCGACGAUCAAGAGCGGACACUAGGAUCGGGUCAAGCGCUGGUUGAUGGAUUGUUCCCAGUUGACGGAACACAGUCCCUUGAGCUCCAUCACAUGCUGUCAUGGGACGUUGCAGAUAUUUCAGUAGACUACAUCAACCCCAAUGAGAACAUUUGUCCUUUGAUGGGGCACAUUGGUCAAUUGGCUAAUGAAUCUCCAGAGUUUUGGAACCACCUUCGAGACCCAUCGACAGUCGAAAUCGAGCACCAUUUUAGGGAUGUCGUCGGUAAUUUUUCUUGGAACUCCGUGCUAGAAUGUUUAAGCACCGCCAGAUGCAAUAAUCUGGAGUUGCCGCAGGGUGUCGAUGAGGAUACAUUCACAAAGACAUUCCAUGAGGUUGAGGUGCGCCAGAGUAUUUUCUUGUCUUACAACAACUCGGAGUAUGCCAAGCUCGCUAUGCAGCCGCUGGCCCAUGACAUGCUCCGUCGGCUCGAUAGUGUGCUUGACGAAGACCCCCACGCCUACAAGCUCUCUGUCACGAUGGCCCAUGACUCUACCAUUAUGCCAUUUCUGGCUGCCACAGUAAAAGAGAACUGGGACCGCCUGUGGACUCCGUAUGCAGGCAUGCUGGUGAUUGAAGUUUACAAGACAAAGAAUAACUCGCAUGCGAUUCGAGUGAUCUUUCAUGGUGAACCUCAACAUAUUCCGGAAUGCCAUGACACGUUAUGCAAUAUUGAUGAUUUUCUUAGUGCCUUUUCGUUCGCGCGCAAGCCACGUACCAAUCAUGAUUGUGUGUUGCCCAAGGAUAAAAAGGAGAAAAGCAAAGACCAAUCGAACCUAGCGACUACGCUGGCAGGUGGUAACGCAGGAGCCAAACCCUUUGAGUAUCAUGGAAGCUAUUUGCUGCUGGGGGUGGUUGGCGUCGCUGGUCUGCUCGCUGUACGUGCGAAAGUCCGGCGCACUCGGCAGCACGAUGUUCUCGGUGACGACGAGGCUGUCUCUCUUCUCCCGACGUAUUCAGCGUACGUAAGGAAUAAGCCUGAAUACUUUUCAUUAACUGUAUUUGCUCGAGACAUUAUAUUCUGCAUUGCAAGUCAAAAUAGGCUUUAUUUAGAAGCCCACCACAAUGAAUUUGGGUCGUUGACAGAAUGUUAA